AUGAAUUCCAAUUUAAAUAGUAAGGUUCCGUUGGAGCAUUUAUCACCUAUUAUGCAGGAAGAAAAUGAAGGGACCAAUUUUUUUAAUAAUGUCCAACAUGCUGAAUAUAACUUUCAUUCUUCGUCUUAUUCUCUGAAGCUUUCUUGGAAUGUAGGUUUUCGAUUUGGUUUGCUUAUUUUGAUGGGUUCUGAUUUGUUCAGCCGGUUAAUUUCAAGAAACUCAGAGUUAAUGUUUAAUUUUGAUGAAGGAGAUAUGAGUUUGUUCGGCAUAUUAGUAGGGCGAAGGCUAUCAAGUUUUAUCCAUUUGCCUACUAGAUGUUUAGAGAGGCUGAGAGAGAGUUUGGAAGCUAAAAAUACAAAGGGCAAAGAGACAGAGAGCAUGGUAAUCCUCUCCUAA